AUGGUUGUUACUCACGAUGAGGAAGGUGCUGCUUUGGCUUCUGAGCCGACCCUAAAUCCGACACUAACACCGACACCGACCAAAAGAUUACGAUGGGCUACCCAGUAUCUGAAAGGCACAAGCGCGACUUCGAGACGGGUGUCUAUCAUGAACCGCUUGCAUCAUCGAGGAUCCCAUAGAAGUGAGAGGAAAAGAGACUCAGGGGAAGCCGUCUCUCUGGGCGCCAAUAUCAACAAUGUUCAGGGAAUCGCGAACGAGAACGCUGACCCAAUCGCGGAGAGUGAUGAAGAAGAACGGCGACAGGUCCACUUCAACGUCCCUUUACCUCCAGACGCAUUGGAUGAUAAUGGUUACCCUAAAAAAUCUUACGGCUCGAACAAGAUCAGGACAGCAAAAUAUACGCCUUUGAGCUUCUUGCCGAAGAACCUUUGGUUCCAAUUCCACAGUAUUGCGAAUGUAUACUUUUUCAUCUUGAUUAUCUUAACCAUAUUCCCUAUUUUUGGCUCAGCCAAUCCUGGCUUGAAUGCUGUUCCCUUGAUAGUCAUUGUGGUCCUCACUGCCGUCAAAGACGCAAUCGAAGACUACAGAAGAACAGUUCUCGACCAAGGCUUGAACAACUCCCCAGUUCAUCGACUAGUUGAUUGCAACAAUGUUAACGUGGGCACCAAUCAUAUCUCAUUAUGGAGGAAAAUCAAGAAGGCAACCAGUCGAUUUAUGGCAAGUCUUUGGCCAUCGAUACGAAAUUUAUGGAAGAAAAGGGGCCAAGGAGGUAUAGACGAUCCAUUUGACAACGUACCGGGAACAUACGAAAACCAACAGAGAAACAGAAGGCAGUCCGCUUUCUCGGCGCAGAGCAUACGAACUUCAUUCGCUCCUGAACAUGACAAUAUUCAAAUGGCCCCCGUUUCGCCACAUUCACCUCGUCAGGAAGGUCUAGGCGUCCCUACGCACGAGGAAACCAUAGCAAUGCCGAAAGAAGGGCAAUCUCCCCCUUCCAGCAAAGCUUUUGGUUGUCUAAUCAAUCCGAAGUUGCCAACUGCCGGUAAGGCUCGGUUCCAGCGCGACUACUGGAAGAAUAUCCAGGUGGGUGACUUUGUUCGCAUUUAUGACAACGAUCAAUUGCCUGCAGAUGUGGUAAUUUUGUCGACUUCUGAUCCCGAUGGUGCAUGUUAUGUUGAAACCAAGAAUCUCGAUGGGGAAACAAAUUUGAAGGUGAGACAUGCCCUCCGUAGUGGCCAGAAAAUCAAGCAUGCCCAUGACUGCGAAAGAACAGAGUUCAUCAUCGAAAGUGAGCCGCCCCAAGCCAACCUGUACGAGUACAGCGCUGCUGCGCGCUGGACACAGUACGACGACAAGAUCCCAGAUUCUGUAGGCAAGUCAAUGAUUGAGCCAAUCUCUAUCAACAACAUGCUGCUUCGAGGCUGCAACCUGCGAAAUACGGACUGGGUCCUCGGCGUUGUGAUUUUUACCGGUUUUGAUACUAAAAUCAUGAUGAACUCUGGGUUGACGCCUAGCAAGCUCUCUCGCGUUACACGAGAACUCACUUAUAACGUGAUCUACAACUUCGGUGUUUUAUUCGCCAUGUGUGUGGUUUCUGCCAUCAUUGAAGGCGUGGCUUUUGGCAAGUCAAACACCAGCAUUCAGGCUUUCGAGUUUGGCUCUAUUGGCAACUCACCUGGCGCCGAUGGGUUUAUCACUUUCUGGGCGGCGCUCAUUCUUUUCCAGAAUCUGGUACCUAUCGCGUUAUAUAUCUCCAUGGAGAUUAUAAAGACCCUUCAAGCUUUCUUUAUCUAUAGCGACAUAGAGAUGUAUUACGAGAAGCUUGAUUAUCCUUGUACUCCCAAGUCCUGGAAUAUAUCCGAUGAUCUAGGUCAAAUUGAGUAUAUAUUUUCCGAUAAAACCGGCACUUUAACUCAAAACGUGAUGGAGUUCAAGAAAGCUACUAUUAAUGGUGUUGCGUACGGAGAAGCGUAUACUGAAGCUCAGGCUGGAAUGCGAAAGAGGCAAGGCAUUGAUGUUAGCAAAGAAAUAAUAAGGGCACGCCAAGAACUUGCUCACGCCCGCGACCAGAUGCUAGUGAAACUUCGCCAACUAUACGACAAUUCAUACCUUUACGAUGACGAGCUAACUUUUAUUGCUCCUGACUUCGUCGACGAUCUUGCUGGCGAAACCACUAAGGAGAGACAACAAUCUUGUCAGCACUUUAUGCUUGCUCUUGCCCUUUGUCAUACUGUUAUCCCUGAAAAGUCACCUGGAGACCCUCCCCAUAUCGAGUUCAAAGCACAGUCACCUGAUGAAGCAGCCUUGGUUGCCACAGCUCGAGAUGUCGGGUACACGGUGCUGGAGAAAUCACUGGACGCCAUACAACUGAAUUUGCAGGGACAGGAAAUAUCAUACAAAAUUCUGAACACCAUAGAGUUCAAUUCUACGCGAAAACGAAUGAGUUCUAUUAUUGAAUUGCCAGAUCGAAGAAUCGUACUUUUCUGCAAGGGCGCAGACAGUAUGAUAUAUUCUCGUUUGAAGCAAGGGGAACAACCAGGGCUACGUAGGACUACUGCCGAGCACUUGGAAGUCUUCGCGAGGGAGGGGUUGAGGACCCUUUGUAUUGCCGAGAGAGAACUUGGCAGAGCAGAGUAUGAGAGAUGGAACCAGGAAUACGAAAUCGCCUCGCAGGCAAUUCAAAACCGGGAGGACAAAAUGGAAGCUAUAGCGGAUGCUAUAGAAACCGAAUUAACGUUGCUGGGAGGCACUGCAAUCGAAGAUCGUCUACAAGAAGGUGUGCCUGAUAGUAUUGCACUCCUUGCCGACGCGGGUAUCAAGCUUUGGGUCCUCACUGGGGACAAAGUCGAGACUGCGGUCAAUAUCGGAUACUCGUGCAACCUCCUGAAUAACGACAUGGAACUCAUCAUCUUGAGGUUCGACGACGACGAGUCAGCUGAGAUAGAGCUUAACAAACAUCUAGCAUCGUUUGAUAUGACUGGGUCUGACCAAGAACUUGAAGCGGCAAAGAGAAAUCACGAGGCUCCUGCCCCAACCCACGCCAUUGUCAUCGACGGAGAUUCCCUCAAACUUGUACUAGGCGAACAACUGCGGCAAAGAUUUCUGCUUCUUUGUAAACAGUGUAAAUCAGUCCUUUGCUGCCGGGUGAGUCCUGCGCAGAAAGCAGCUGUCGUCUCGAUGGUCAAAUCUGGGCUGGACGUUAUUACCUUAUCAAUUGGAGACGGAGCUAACGACGUUGCAAUGAUCCAGAAAGCGGAUGUAGGCGUCGGUAUUGCAGGAGAAGAAGGCCGUCAAGCAGUCAUGUCAUCCGAUUACGCCAUUGGUCAAUUCCGUUUCUUGCAAAGACUGAUCCUCGUUCAUGGCCGCUGGUCAUAUCGAAGGAUAGGGGAGUUUAUUGCGAACUUCUUCUAUAAGAAUAUUGUGUGGACUUUUACGCUGUUUUGGUACCAGAUCUUUUGCGACUUCGAUAUGACGUACCUUUACGACUCUUCCUAUAUCACCCUCUUCAAUCUAGCUUUCACCUCUGUCCCUGUCAUCUUCAUGGGUGUAUUAGACCAGGAUGUUAGCGAUACUGUCUCCCUAGCUGUGCCACAACUAUAUCGUCGUGGUAUUGAGCGGAGAGAGUGGACUCAGACUAAAUUUUGGUUAUAUAUGCUUGAUGGCCUUUACGGAUCAGCUAUAUGCUUCUUUGUAGCAUAUCUUCUAUUUCUAAAUGGCAAUUUUGCUAUAGACUCCGGCAUUAACAUCGAUGACCAUGAAACGUUCGGGGUUUUUGUCGGCCCAGCUGCAGUCAUGGUUAUUAAUCUGUAUAUUUUCAUUAAUACCUACAGAUGGGAUUGGCUCAUGGGACUUCUGGUGGCAAUAAGUAUUGUAUUGGUAUUCUUUUGGACAGGGGUCUACUCUGCUUUUACCUCCGCAGGGUACUUCUACAAAGCCGGUGCUCAGACUUUUGGCCAGCCAGCUUUCUGGGCGGUGACAAUUCUGUCGGUUGUUUUAUCUCUGAUGCCUCGAUUUUGCAUCAAAGUAAUUCAAAAGGUCUACUUCCCGCGAGACAUAGAUGUCAUCCGCGAACAGGUCCGGCAAGGAAAGUUUGAUCAUCUUGAUCGUGGCAACAGGCCUGGCGCAAUAUCAAAGGGCGCCUCUGCAGCUUCAUCUCGUACCGCAAAGCUCAGUAAACACACCCAACAUCCCAGCGAAGACCAACGGCCAUUUUACCCACCGUCCAUCGCCCCAACUGCGACAACACACAACGCCCGAAGUCAAUAUGGCAGUGAUGGGACAGAAUAUACGCGCCAUAUGUCGACGUCAGAUCAGCCGCUUCCUCGGACGUCGACUGAUAAGACAAGGCCAUCAUUCGAGGAGAUGCGCACCUCUAUGGAUGUCAUGCGACCCUCUCACGAACAGAAUGAUGAUUUCACGUCUGCGGCAAUGCUCACACGAGUAGAAUCUAGCCAUUCCUACGCCCCUAGCCAGAGCAGGAAAUCAUGA